AUGGGUUUUUCUGUGCUUUACAAUGGAACGGGAUCAUCAGAUGAUGGAUUCUACAUCACAGCCUUCCACACACUGGGCAAUAAGAACUACCUCAUCCUAGCUCUCUCUAUAAUAUACAUCAUCACUCUAAUGGUUAACUUCGUUCUGUUAGCAGUCUUCAUUAUGAACCCAAGCCUUCAAAAUCCAAAAUAUGUUGCAGUAUGCAAUUUAGCUGUGGUGGACAUCUCUUUGAACAGUGUUAUCAUCCCCCAGAUGGUGCCUGUAUUUGUGUUCAAUCUGAACUACGUCUCCUUUGGGACGUGUUUUUCUCAGAUGUUCUUCAUGCAUUUAUUUGGUGAUAUGGAGUCCUUCUCCCUGGCUCUCCUAGCGUACGACCGUGUGAUAGCCAUUUGUUUCCCUCUGCGUUACCUCACCAUCAACACCAACCUGAGGAUGCUGCUCAUCCUGCUAGGGAUCUGGACCCUGGCCUUCCUCUUGGAGGUCUACCCUGUCGCCCUGGCCUCUAGCCUGCCUUACUGUGCCUCUAGGGUGGUGCAGAGCUGCUGCUGUGAGCACGGCCCUGUAUACAGACUGGCCUGCUCUGACAUCUCUUUCAACAGGAAACUAGCAACAGCUAAAACUCUGGCUGUCCUGUUAGGCCCCCUGUCCUUCAUCAUCUUCACCUAUGCUGUGGUGGUGGUUGCGGUGCUGAAGUUUGCCUCGACUACCCAGCGGUGGAAAGCCUUCCACACCUGUCUCACUCACCUGCUGCUGGUACUGGUGUACUACCUCCCUGUCAUUCUGGCCUACGUCCUAGGUAACCUGCGCUUGGUGCAGUCCCCAGACCUCCUGACUGCCAUCCUCACUGUGACUGUCACCCUGCCACCCAUGCUCAAUCCUAUCAUCUACAGCCUAAAGACAGAGGAGCUGCGGGAGAAAAUCAGCAAACUGUUUGUAAAGACAAAAGUUACUUCUCACAAAUGA